AUGCCCGUCGUCAAGGGAGGCGUCUGGACCAACAUCGAGGACGAGAUCCUCAAGGCCUCCGUCUCCAAGUAUGGCCUCAACCAAUGGGCACGCGUGUCGUCGCUGCUGGCGCGCAAGACGCCCAAGCAGUGCAAGGCCAGAUGGAACGAGUGGCUGGACCCCAGCAUCAAGAAGAUCGAAUGGAGCAAGGAGGAGGAUGAGAAGCUGCUGCAUCUCGCCAAGAUUAUGCCCACGCAAUGGCGCACCAUCGCCCCGAUCGUCGGCCGAACUGCGAACCAGUGUCUCGAGCGAUACCAGAAGCUGCUUGACGAGGCCGAGGCCCGUGAAUCGUCUGGCCUUGGUCUUACCGGCCCAGAUGGUGGCGAGACGCAAGCCCCAAGCGCCGAUGAUGUGAGAAGGCUACGCCCAGGCGAGCUGGAUCCAGAUCCAGAGACGAAACCUGCUCGACCUGAUACCAUCGAUCUUGACGAAGAUGAAAAGGAGAUGCUUAGCGAAGCCCGUGCCCGUCUGGCCAACACUCAGGGUAAAAAGGCCAAGAGAAAGGCUCGAGAACGUCAGCAGGAGGAGUCUCGUCGUCUGGCGACUCUACAGAAGCGGCGAGAGCUCAAGACGGCCGGCAUCAACAUCAAGGUGACCACGCGGAAGCAGGCUGCCCCUGGAUUCUACGACACCUCGGAGGAGUUUACGCGGAAUGAGAUGCAGCGGGCGGCGUUUGAUCCUAGAAAACAGCAGCUGGCUAAUAAGCGAAAGGGCGAUGGCGAUGAGGACAAUGAGCGCAAGAGGAGGAAGAAUGACAAGGACGGCAUUUUAGAAUCCCAAAAGGCCGCCAUCAAGGCUGGCCAGAUGCAAAAGAUUCGGGAGGCCGAGCAGAGCAGCAAGCGCCGACCUCUAAACUUGCCAGCACCGCAAGUUAGCGAGGGCGAACUGGAGGAGAUUGUAAAGAUGGGCAAGAUGGGCGAAGCCGCCAACUUGAUGGCCAAGGAAAGCGAUAAUGAUGCGACUCGAGGAUUUGUAAACUCGUAUUCGACACUCAACACAAAUGCACCAAUCCGAACGCCCAGAGCGCCUGCGCAAGAGGACCACAUUGCCAACGAAAUCAGGAACAUCCGGGCGCUGAACGAAACACAAUCUGCAUUGCUGGGUGGCGAGAAUACCCCUCUUCACCAGGGUUCUGGCUCAACAGGAUUCGAGGGCAUCACGCCUCGGAAGCAGGUCAUGGCGACACCGAACCCUCUGGCAACACCGUUGAGAAACGGUGGCGUCAACGGUGCUGUCCCUGGACAGACGCCCAUGCGCACCCCUCGAGACACUUUUGCUCUCAACCAAGAGGACGGCAUGUCGAUGACAGGAGCAACCCCUCGGGACGUAAAAUUGCGACAGAUGGCUAUGCAGAACCAGCUGCGCGCUGGACUGGCUGCGCUGCCCAAGCCAAAGGAUACAGAGUGGGAGUUUGAGAUACCCGAAGACCAGGUGGACAGUGCGGCAGGUGACGAGGCCAUGGAGGAGGAUGCUGCUGAGCGGGACAGACGAGAACGCCAAAGACGAGAGGCCGAGGAGGCACUUGAGCGGCGACGACAGACUCAGGUUAUACAGCGAGGGCUUCCACGCCCCGUGGUUGUUGACUUGACAGAACUGCUCAAGAGGGCGAAGGAUAUUCCCGAUCCUGCUGCCGCUCUGAUUGCCGUGGAGACUGCAACUCUCAUGGCCAAUGAUGCUACAAAAUUCCCGCUCAACGGCUCUCAGGUCAAGGGAACGCUACAGCCUCUGGAUCAGAUUGAUGAUGGACUCCUUGCCGACGCGCGCCUCCGCAUUCUCUCGGAAACCAAGCCGUUGCCCAGUUUUGAGGAUAUCCAAGCUGCCUUUGAGAGCCGAGCUGGAGGAGAUUCUUUGCUUCUGGGUCUGGGAUGCUAUAACGAUGAUGAAGAUGAGCAGGAUGCUGCUAUGCGAGCUGCUUUUGACGCUGUUCAAGAAACCAUCAUGACGUCGGCAGAAGAAGACGCAAAGCUUGAGAAAAAGCUUACGCUGCACCUGGGCGGAUACCAGAAGCGGCAAAAGAUGCUUAAAGACAAAGUGGCAGAUGCCGCAGACGCCUUGGAAAAGGCGAGGGUGGCUCUCAGCGGAUUCAAGACGUUAGCCAUUUCCGAGGAUGUUGCCAUCAACAGACGACUGGAAUCACUAAGGGAUGAAGUAAACUUUAUUAGUCGAAGAGAGAGAGAAGCACAGGAGGAAUAUCGAAAAGCCAAAGAAGAGCUGGAAGCUCUACGAGCCGGGGACGUCAACGGAUACCAUUAA